AUGUCCUGCAGAAACCUGAUAGAUAUACAACAGUUGACCAACUUGAAACAAACUUAUCUGAUAACUGUCGCAAUUUUAGAAGGUAGAUAUUAUGUUUGGCCAAACAUGGACUCCGUUGUCAUCGUUCAAGCUUUGGGAAAAAAGGAAAAAACUGCUGUUGUGAAAAAUUCCGAUUGUCCGUACUACAACGAGUAUUUCACAUUCGACAAGAAAAUAGCUCUCCACGACCUCUUGAACACUGAAGUAAUCGUGACGGUUAUCCAACCGAAAUCCAUUUUUAGAAAGCGAAAAAUACUAGGUUUGUUCAGAUUAGAUGUGGCAACGAUAUGGGCUGAGCCAGAACAUCAAUUCUUCAACAAGUGGGCUGUACUAAACGCGCCCACAAAUAAGGAAGGUUGCGGAUCUAGGGGGUUUCUGAAGGUAAACCUAACAGUAAUAACGAAAAAUGUAUCGCCUGGUCUGCCACCAGUUCAAGAAGAUAACGAAAUUGAAGGAAAUUUGCUGCUGCCUCAUUCAAGAGUAUCAGAAAGGUUCAGAGCAAAAUUCGAAUUCGACAUAUUCAGGGCUGAACAUCUGUAUGAUAAGAAGAAACCUCCAAGUUCACAUGUAGUAAUUGCUUUUGGUGGUAAUAUGGCCAAGACGUCAGUUAGGAAAAAUACAUCCUUCCCUGAAUUCAACGAAAGAAUAGUUAUUCACGAUAUGUAUCCUGUGCUUUGCCACAGGAUCCACGUCAGGAUAUACUUCGGGUCCAACCUUUACGCGGAGGACUUCUUACCUCUGAGCUACGUGACUAGUGAAGAUGAAGAAGGGUUUCUGCCAAAGUUUGGACCAGCUUUCCUACACAUGUAUGACACUGCUGGUAUGGAGGAAUACAAGGGGAGCAUCUUAUUCAGUUUGAGAACUAAGGCUGAGGUAGUGUCAGUUGAAGAUAAAGAGAAGAAUGAGGUGAUUCCUAUCAGCCCAUCAACUGGGCGUCUGUUGCCUAAAGUGAUCUUGAAAUUUUUCAUCGUUAUCUUCGAGUCUUCUGCUUUGGACAAGCGUUUCGACGGAAAAAUUAGCUACAGGGUGUCUAUAGGAAACACGGAUAAAGAGGAGGAAUACGGAAGCUCACAGAAUUCGAUAAAUAAAUAUAUCUCCGAUAAGAUUGACGUGAGAAAGAUCAACAGAAAUUCUUAUUAUUCAGUAAUAAGAGAGAGAAAGCCUCUGCUCACACUGAGUGUCGAUCUUAUGGACUUCAGAAAGAGGCUGUACAAUCUGAAUAUGCUGGAGAAAAUUUAUGAUGACUUGGUGAAUAUCAACAUUUGUACUUGA